AUGGAAGUACUUGACGUCCUUGAUCUUCCUCAACUCUACAGCAGACCCUCCGCCCAAGCACUCUUCGAUACGCUCGAACUUCUGACACUCGCGCCGCAGUCCUGGGAUGUUGAAAAAGAGUCCAAUUACAAGGAAGGACAGCGUGAGCAUGGCGGGCAGAUUGCUAGGCCGAGAGUGGUCCAGGUGAACCCUGAAGGCGUCACACGGUAUCUCACAAGCAUCGUGAGCAAUUCGCUGAAAUGGAUACACGACGAGGAAGUCAAGGAAAAAAUAUGGAAUCAGGCCAGUCUCAGGCUCAGUGAGCGCUCUGGGCGCACUGCCAUGGGGGCCUUGUCCCGUGAAUUUCGAAUACCCUCUAGCUCCAGCUCGUUCGUCCUACGCAUUCACGAACCAGCCCUCACGGGUGACGACCUAGGCUUGAAGACGUGGGCAGCUUCGUACAUGCUUGCCAAACGACUCCACACGUUUGGUCUCUUCAAGUCGACGGCUGUACAGACACCACAGACACUUGAGCUGGGAUCAGGGACUGGGCUAGUUGGACUCGCCAUGGCUGCUUUGGGUGCACGAGUUGUGCUUACCGACCUGCCUAGCAUACACGAGAACCUUGCGCGCAAUGCGAAAGACAAUUCCACACUCAUUGAACAGAACGGUGGAUCUACACGUACUGGGACGCUGGAUUGGAUGAAUCCUACAAGCUGCGAACUGUUUGCGGAUGGCAUAGUCACCGAGACACUUGAUGCUACCACAUCGAAAUUCCGUGUUAUACUCGCUGCCGACUCAUUGUAUUCGCCAGAACACCCGCGUAUGCUGGUCGACACGAUUGCCAAAUGGCUUUCUGAAGACGCUAGUGCGCAGGUUAUUGCCGAGUUUCCAUACAGAGAAGCAUAUCUGCCCGAGAUCAAAGAUUUUCGAACCCGAAUGGAAAACAUCGGCCUCCACAUCUUGAAUGAAGGCGAAGAGAAUGGUUUCGACGACUGGGGCGCAUCCGGAGCAGAUGACGAUGAAGAAGACAGAGCGCUUGUGACUUGUUGGUGGUCACAUUGGGGCAGAGGGAUUCCAUGA